UGUAACGUAUUAAAAAUUAAAGCAAACAGUGAGAAGCACAGAAAUAUAUAACAUUAAAACUAGUGGUCGUCGAGGAAGUUUUGUACCACCAUUUUUGGCACCCCUCGUGUCACCCCAAUCACCUUUCGAUAACAGAUGUAUUGAGAUUGAUUUUUCUUGAAAAAUGUCCCAAUAACUCCGAUCCGGCCAGUACUUUAUGAUCUAAUGGAUGAGAUCGAGUGGUGACACAAGGGCUAGCUCCUAGGUACAUACAGAAGAUGCUCCAGAUUAAUCCUCGUCCAUGAUCAGCCGUAUAUUUUAUACGUGUACACAUGCAUUAUAAAUUGGAAGAGAAUGUCUUUAUGCUCGUGGGGGCUAUGGGCUUUAUAUAUAUUAGAGAAGAAAGUUUCAACACAAAGGUAUAGAGUGGUAAUUAAAAAACCGUCUCUUGGGAACUCGAACCAAUCGAAAAUAGACUCUCUCGAUCAGCUUGCCCAUCAAAUUCAGCAAAACCCCAUCUUCAAUUUUUUUAAACUCCCAAAGCUCCAUUCUCAUUGCCUUUUAAGAUUAGCCUUGAGCACCUCAGUUUUCAAAGAGCUCACUAUUCGAUCUGUUGCGAAAAUGAAGCUUUUUAGUUGGAUGCAAAAUAAGCUUAACGUCGGGAAACAAGGAAGCAAAAGAGCACAAACAGCUUCAGCCACUCAUCAUCAUGUGAAACAAGAGCCUCGUGAAGAAUUCAAUGACUGGCCUCAUGGCUUGCUAGCAAUUGGAACUUUUGGAAACAAUGAUUUGAAAGAUCAAAAUCCAAAAAGCCAAAAUACUCAAGACGAUCCAUCUUCAUCGAGAGAAAUAUUAGAUUUUACUCCAGAAGAAGUUGGAAAGCUACAAAAGGAGUUGACAAAGCUCUUGUCACGUAAACCAAACGUGGAGAUUAAGGAAAGUAUUGCUGAUCUUCCGUUGGAUAGAUUCCUUAAUUGCCCGUCAAGCUUGGAGGUUGAUCGAAGAAUUAGCAAUGCACUUUGCAGCGAUUCCGACGACCAUAGAGAUGAAGAUAUCGACCGUACAAUCAGUGUCAUACUUGGUAAAUGUAAAGACAUUUGCUCAGACAAUAACAAGAAAGCCAUUGGGAAGAAAUCAAUAUCUUUCCUUCUCAAGAAGAUGUUUAUUUGUUCAAGUGGGUUCACGCCAGCACCCAGUUUAAGAGAUACACUUCAAGAGUCAACAAUGGAGAAGCUUUUGAGAAUAAUGCUUCACAAGAAGAUGAACGACCCUCAAAAUUAUUCUCGGCCAUCAUCAAUGAAGAGAUAUAUAGAGGACAAAGAGAUGCUGAAGAGGGAAAAUGAUGAUGAAAGGCAGGAGAAGAGCAAUGGCGGAUGCAAAUGGGUUAAGACAGAUUCUGAAUAUAUUGUUCUAGAGAUAUAACUCUGCCUAGCUUCUAUCUGUCCUAUCAUUUCAAUAAAUUCAAGAUUCAAGUGUUUAUGCUUUGGGUUUAAGAAACUCAUCACAUAGUUGGGAUUGGAUUACCAAAACAUCAAGAAAACUUUUUAAUGGUGCCUCUUCAGAUAGUGCCUCUUUUUGUUUGACGGUGCUUCCCCUUUUUUUCACGCUUGUAUCUGUGGACACAGUACAACGCAUGCUAUAUAUGAGAUAUCGUCAAACGGAUUAAUUUCUGUAGUUUGAACUGACAAAGCCAGAAAUUAUCUACAUUUUUCAUCAUAUUUUUACAAUACUUUUUUCUUUUUCUUUUUUCUAUGUUGCUCUAUUUGCAAGAUAC